ACGCUUUACACACAUGCAUCUGAAAGGCAUCAGCAUUUCUGGAUCGGCGCUCAGUCAACAACUCCGUGGAGCUCGAGGAGUUUUUUUUCUUAUUGACUACAUUGACAAAAGAGAUUACAUGGCUCUGAGUAAACGGAAUCAACAGACGUCGUGGUCAUCACAGUCACGUUAAGUUAUACAAAGUUUUAGACUAGGUUAACUCAACCUGGAUCUGUAGGAGCUGCUUUCCUAUAGGUAACGACCAAGAGACGGAGGCCCCGUUUUGAAGGCAAUGACUAUCUUGAGUUUGCCUUAAAUAUAUGCAAGGAGGAACUGUUUUGGUUAGUAUAAUACACUUGCCAAUUUUUAUCGUAUUUGCGUCAUGACUUCUAGCUAUGCACAUGUAAUGGACAGACAAGCAACCAUAUCCAGCAGACUGGAGAGUCCCAUUACAGCCAACCUGGAAAACCUGCAAGCCAAAAAGAACUUCUCGGUGAGCCACCUGUUGGAUCUAGAGGAGGCAAGAGAAAUGGUCGGUUCUCAGGUGGAUGAAAGUGUUGGCGAAACGGGCAGGACUAUGCUGGAAUCUCCGGGUUUAACGAGUGGCAGUGAUACAACACAACAAGAGAAUGAGCAGCUGAACUCAGAAGAAAAGAAGAAGCGGAAACAGCGGAGGAAUAGAACCACGUUUAACAGCAGCCAGCUGCAGGCGCUGGAGCGAGUGUUUGAGCGGACACACUACCCAGAUGCCUUUGUUAGAGAGGACUUGGCACGUAGGGUCAAUCUUACUGAGGCUAGAGUUCAGGUGUGGUUCCAAAAUAGACGGGCAAAGUUUCGGCGGAAUGAGCGGGCGAUGCUGGCCAGUAAGAACGCUUCACUUCUUAAAUCCUAUUCAGGAGACGUAACAGCAGUGGAACAGCCUAUCGUGCCCCGACCCGCACCACGUCCAAAUGACUACCUAUCCUGGGGAAGCGCAGCCCCAUACAGCACCAUGGCAACCUACCCACCCACUUGUGCCAACACCACUUCCACCCAGGGAAUGAAUAUGGCCAAUAGCAUUGCUAAUCUGAGACUGAAGGCCAAAGAAUACAACCUCAACCAGGUGCCUACUGUCAACUAAGCCUGAAAAGAGGGACGGAAUGAGGGGACGUAAAAAAGGAAGACACACUGAGAAGAGAAGAUCUCAGAAGAGCUGGACUGGUUUAGCGGUAACAGUGAUUUUUCUGGCUUUCUGCAGUGUUAAAGCAGAGUGGAUAUGACUUUUGGCCCCCUCCUUAAACAAUGAAAUUGCGUUGUUGUCCCUCUCAAUUGGCUUUUUUCUUCAUCAUAGAUUAAGGUACGUUUUUGAGAAACUCAAUCUCAUUUUGUACUGAUAUGAAGAUUGUAAAGACAGCACAUGUUCUGCUUUUUGGAGAUCAAAUCAACGAGAAGGGCUCCGCUAAAUCACAAAGAAGUGGCAGACGAAGUGCCUGGAUGCUGUAUGCUGUUCUUUCCAUGUUCUUUUUGGCUUUAUUUUGGGUCAUCCGGAUGGAAAGUAAAGAAACUUUCAAGGAACACAAUGGAGGACUGUUUUGCGCCAUUCACCACUGAAUGGUUUAAAUUACACCAGAAUUUUAAUGUGGAGAUUUGGCAACAAAGUGGCUUAAAAUGUCUCCACGUCUGCCUUUGGUAAAAUAAAGACACAUUUGUGGACUAUAAUCAGUAUAUGAGAUGUUUACAACUGUCAGUGCUAACGGAAGCAUUAGGGCCGGAUUACAUAUUUUUAGGUCUGAAUAUUACACCACUCUUUAAGGUUAAUACGGUUCCCCAUGGUGACAUAUGUAUCUGUUCACAGUACACAAUUAUGUUUCAGUUUUGCCACAGGUGACUUUUUUUCAUUUAUUUUAUUUUCUUCUUAUAUUUGGAAACUAUAUAGUAAUAAAACAUUUUUAAGAAAUAACUCUUAUGUUAUUGUGAUUGACAAUCCUGCAGCUAAAUAGAUUGUGCCAUUUUAGCUAAAUACUCACAUUUGAGGAGCUGUUGCAGGCAAUAGUAUUACUAGAAUCAGGACCUUAUUAUAAUAUAUCCACAUGUAACAUUUCCUGAUUUAUGUUAAACACCAGUGCUAAAAAAUAAGUUGUGCAAAUUAAUUUAGUUCUAUCUUAUAAAUGUUGAUGGUUAUAAACAUUUUUUAUUAUUAUUUGUUCUGAAACUAUGUGAGAAUGAAACUAGAUUUUUAGAUUUAUUUUAUAUUAAUUAAACAUUUCUGACCUGUUUUACAGGUAAAUUCUUUUAAUAGAAAACACUAUCAGGAAUGAUUUUACAGCAUGUUAAAUGCAAUGGCUGUUUUUUUUUAGCUAAUCCUGGUUGUGCUAUAAAUAAACUCUAUUUCUUCCACUUUUAAUUAAAACUAAAUUAAACUGGAUUUAUAUAAAUGUUUUGAUAAAAGUUUACUAUAUAUAUAUAUAUAUAUAUAUAUAUAUAUAUAUAUAUAUAUAUAUAUAUAUAUAUAUAUAUAUAUAUAUAUAUAUAUAUUAUAAUCAAGUAAAAAAAAAUUAUAAUGAACACCUCAUCAGCAUGUUAUGAUUAGAUAAUAGAUGUAAUACUCUCUUAUUGUGCUGGGAGAACAAUGUGAUGAAAGGAAUAUUUGAGAAUUAAUUUCCACUGUAACCCAAUCCUUUAAACUCAAUAUUUGUUGACUGUACAUGCGAAUGACAUCGCUUUGCCCAAUUUAAAGCAUUUUAGUUUCAAGUCCAACAAAAUGUAAAUUAAUUUACAACAGUAAAUGUGUUUGGAACGUGAA